AUGGUGGAACACAUUCUGUUUCAUUGUGCACAGGCUCAGAAGGUAUGGAAGCUUGCUCCAGUUCAAUGGGACAGCAUCCAGACUCAAACAGGUUGUUUUAAGCAGUGGUGGACAGCUUUAAUUCAAGCUAGGAGUAGGAAGGAAGGCAAACAGCAUAUAGCUUUGACUGCUAACAUACUUUGGCAGCUAUGGAAGGAUAGGAAUGAGCUGGAAUUUGAAGGGAAAGAGAAGGAUGGAAUUAAAGUAGUGCAAAAGGCAAGUAAUGAGUGGAUGGAGUUUGAGGAAGCUGGUACAGGAAAGGAAGCUAGGAGUACAUCAAAAACAGAUGCAGCAGAUGCAAGGCAAAGGGAGGAAGGAAUGGAGGUAAGGGACUUGAUGGAACUUCACAUUGCAACACAGAAAGCAACCGAGGGACACAAGAUGGGAAUUGGUGUUGUGGCCAAGCUGAAUGGAACAAGAAUCAUAGCUGACUGGGUGCUAGUGGACAGAACAUCGCUACUGAAAAUCCAAGAUGAAGCUGCAGCAAUGCGACUAGCACUCAUCAAAGUAAGGCAGCUUGGUUGGAACAGGAUUAAAGUCAUAAAUGCCAAUCAACAUCUUAUUGCCAUGCUGAAAAGUGGGAAAGGAGACAAUCUGAAUACAGUCACGUUAGUGGAAGAUAUACUUGCUCUAGCUAAUCUGUUUCAAAUGUGCUUUUUGAAGUAG